AUGCUGUUGCUUGAGCGUGACCCUUUGGUGUCGGAGCUUUCGCAAGAGCGCGCGGCGCUGGGCUUGCUUGGGCCUAGACGAGCCACAUUGAAGCUUUGGGUGGCGGUCGUGGCACUGGUGCACUUCGACCGUGGGGCCGCGACAGUGGCGGCGAUGGAUGUUUCCAAUUGGGGCAAUGCUGACUCUCACGGUGCAUCCUUCGGACAUGCUGUAGUCUUACUCGCCUGGCACUCCAUUGGAUUGGCAGUCGGCAACAGCUUGGCCGGCUCCUUCUUCCAACAGGCAUCGGCAAAAGCAAUGCUGCUCAUGGGUCUGACGGCGAGUCUAACCUUCUCUCUGGCAUUCGGCCUGCAGGAGAGCCCAGGAGUAGUCAUCACGGCGGUCCUCCGUUUGGGGUCUGGAGUCGCUGCAGCGCUGCCACUUGUUUACCUGCCAUUCUGGGUGGAUGAGUUCUCUCCGCCAGAAGGGCAUGGCCAAUGGAUGUCCAUCGUACAGACGGGCGUCCCAAUUGGGCAGUUCUGUGGUGUCCUCGCGGGCGCGGUGGCAGAAGAUCAGCGAAGCUGGCGAAAUGCUCUGCUGGGCCAGGCUGCUCUACUUUUUCUUGUGCUACUGCGAUUGGCGAUCAUUCCCGCGCAGCAGAUUGACGCGGCCAAUCAGUCGCUGACCGCCCGGUUGGAUUCUUUGGCUUUGCACUCGCCGGAUGCACAGCUCGGGCGAUUGCAAAACCUAGUGCGGGAACUGCGAGAGAUGCUUCAAGGUGUGAACAGGAAUCCUUUGACCCUGUCACUCUCGAGCGUGCUCUGCCUUCUCCACGCUACGGGGGCGGGGCUGGCUCUCUGGACAGCCCCGUAUCUUGCACUUAGCGAUGGGGCGCCCUCGCCCCUGGUGUCCUUGAUGUUGGCUGCCUUAAUCUUAUCGUGCUGCCCCGCCGCUGGAACCUACGUUGGGGCAAUCGCCUGCUAUCGAAUGGAUGGCUUUAAGGCUGGAAUGCAUGCGGUGGCCCUUCGUGUUGCCUGCGCAUUUGCUGCGCUGGCGGCGCUCUGCGCUCCACUAAACAGUGCAUCUUCAAGCUUCAUCCUGCGUCUCUUUCUGGUGGCAUGUUGGCUUUUCAGUGCAGGUGCUUUGCUGCCAAUUUCGGCGGGCCUGCUAAUGACCUCCAUGCCAUCGUACCUUAGAUCCUUCUCGUCGGCAUCUACAGUUCUCGUUCUGCACGUUGUUAGCUUCUCUGUGAUGCCAGGUGUUGCUGCAGUGCUCAUGGGCCAGCUCUGCUGCCAGAUCCGCGGGGACUACAUUGGCUUUUCAGGUACGAGUAUCAGAUCGGACAUCACAGGGCCGUCCGGAUCCUUCUGCUGUUGCUUAAAGGUUUAUCCGAAAGGGACCGCGGGUACGGAACGCUCCGUGUCAAAUGCAUUGGCAGCAUUUGUGGAAAUCAUUCCUCCGCCUUCCAUGAAAGAGUCGAGCUGGGUGUGCAAAGAUGUCGAGUACGGCAUCGCAGUCCGCAGAAACGUUGAGAGCCAUACUGCGGAACUUUCCAGAUCGGAUACUUUCAGCUUUGACCGGGAUCAUGAAGACCGGGGCUGGCAUGACAUCAUCCGCUGGAAUGACAACAAAUGGACUGCGACCAGCAGCAUCAGUAUUUGUGCGGAGGUCAGAGGCCUUCCUGUGGCAGAUGCGCUGAUCUCCGACUUGCAAAGGGUAUCUUUCGAAGAUGAGCUGCAGCCUGUGUCUUUUCGCCUGUCCGGCUGCACACUCUUUUUUGAUCAACGACUGCUUGUGGCCAGGUCAGACUACUUUCGUGAGAUGUUUGCACAGUCACAGUGGGUAGAGGGUCAGACCAAAGAGGUGGAUCUUCGCUCAGAUCCACUGGCAUCAAAAGCAGCGAUGAGCGCAAUACUGCGCUAUAUCGUCUCGGGCUCCUUCCAUGCCGAUGGAGACGUGGAUUUGGCAUUUGCGGUGCGUUUCCUGGCAGACAGGUACUGCUUGAAGGAGCUCGUUCAGCUGGCCGAGUCUGAGUUGCUCGCAAUGCUUUUCCCGGAAAACGCCUUGAGCUUCUUGGGACGUUUGAGUGCUUUAAAGAGCUCCAAUUGUCUGGAGCUGGCAUGCUGGAAGAUGAUCCAAGCCGAUGGAUGCAAGUUGCUGGAGCAGCAGCACCAUCAGCUUAGCCAGCUCAUCGAGGAAAACCCGACAGUGGCCAAGCAGCUCAUCCUCCUGAAUGUCAGAAGCAAGAAGCGUCCACGUGAGUGA